GGACGGGUGCUUGGGGAAAAUAUAGGGGGACGCCACACAUGAAUGCGCUUUAAAGGAGAUAUGUUGAGCCAGUCUAGAGGGAGUGUAUUUCUGGCAUUAACUGCAGCAUCCGCGCCUCUGAUAGCAGCAUCAAUCCACCAGCACUGACUGGCGGAAUACUGAUGGUCUUGUUCUGAGUUAGGGAGGAAGCCAGUCCGGUGUGGGUGUGAGGCUGUCAUCUCGCUGCAAUUUAAGAAAAAAAUAAUUCCCAGCACUGCCCACUGUCUAGUGUCUAGCUCCGAACUUGAUCAUGCAUAUGAUUUAUAUGAGAGUUCACAAAUGCAUUGCGUAUUUGAAGUUGGAGUUUGGUGGAUGUAAACGUAUUCUUAGCCGGGUGAUUUGUGGUCAGUAUUGACCAUCCACUUAAACGCGCAAUUUGAGUUGCUGAGGAGCGCGCGCCGAGGAUCAUCAGGGUGGAUAUUCGUUCCCUCUUGUGAGAUAUCAGUGAAUUGGCUGUACUGGGGAGUCUCUGAGAUGUGUAUAGAGCCAGAGCGCAAAGAGAGGAGUCGAUGAUUGCUGUGGAUGAAAACUGACAGGUGUAGCUUGUUGAACAAACGGCUCUCGAGAUGCGAUAAGAAGUCGGGACACGGAACAUUUGGAACUAUAAGAAUACUAUAGCGUAUGCUAUGACAUUUUGCAUUUGAUUGAAGAGUCACAGAUCAAGGAAGGAUGUGUUCGUGGUGAACAAGGCUUUAACGCGCAUCUAUGUGGUCUUUAUAGGCUACUUCUAUGAGGAGACCUGCUGGAUUUCCCACCUGACGCGCAGUAAUAGUUCCUACAUCAAACAUACAGUAGCCGAUGAAAAUCGAUAGAAGAAUCUAUCAGAAGACAAAGAUAAACCUGGCGACUUUAUCAUUAUUCGCCUCAUCCACCUGACGAAUUCAUAUGCUAGCAUCUCCGAGAUCCAAUCCAACGACAAUCAAUACGGAGACAAAGAGAAAUAAGAAUAUUGAAAUCCGCACUGGGUUGUGAGUUGAAAUCUAAUCAGAUCCCUGGGGGGUUGCAGAGUAGCAAGGAACUGAAGAGGGAGAAAAAAGUUAUAGCUAAAAGUGUGACACCGGAAUGACAACCAUCAGCCACUUCAUGUUUGCUCAAUAUGUGGAUGAGCCGUAGAUUAUGACGAGGUUUCAGGAUGUUAUCAAUCUGCGGGUCCACGGCUGCGUGAGACUGUGUCGUUAGUAGUCUGGCUCUGAAGAGGUUGGUUGGUUGUUUUAUUGAAAAUUAAAACAUGAAGGAUGGAUCUGGGAAGAGUUCAGAUUUCUCCUAACUGAUAAACGAAAUGUCACCGGACUGUGACACAUAUAGCAUUUUUGCCUUGUUAUCACUCUGCAUUUAACCAUUAGUUUCAACGGGGGCACUUGUGGGUGCCUUCGUAUAUUUGCGUCUUGAAACAUUUGAAUGGGGGAUGGAUAAAUUGACUCUAUCAUCGUUGUGCAAAUUCUAACACCUAACCGAUUGAUUCUAAUUUAUGGAUUAAACGCUACAUCGUUUACAAUGUGGGGACCGGAUAAACUGUGUGAAAGUAUCACCACGGAGUCUAGGUUUCAGGAUGCUUGAGAAUUGCGGAUGUAGCCUAUUUUCGAUGCAGUUUUCGAGGGCAAGGAGCUGAAGAGGGAACUGUCGUUGUUUGAAUCAGAUCUGCUAACUUCAGCAUCUUUGGUGACAAGCAUGUUCCUGCUAAUGUUAAACAUGUAGGCGUACUAGCCCACAAAGCAACACAGUGCUGGGCGCGGCACAGCGAGAGGAGCUUUCCACCCACCAGUGCUGCAUCAAGGGUGAGCCAGCAGCCGAAAACCAGCAAACUUGAGGAUGGGGAGAAACCAGAGGGAUUGCGAAUGAGUUGGCAGCCAACUCUAACACCGCCUCUUCCCGAAAAGUGGACGACCCAGCCAAUGAAUUAUGAAUGUUGAACAAGAUGACCUCUUCUCGGCAGCAGCAGACGAUGAGAGGUCCUAGGUGGAACCGGGCCCUGUCCGACCAUUUGUUUGUGCUGCUUCUAGCCCUCCAGCUCCUGGCGGUGGCAGGCCUGGUGCGCGCUCAGACCUGCCCCUCUGUCUGCUCCUGCAGCAACCAGUUCAGCAAGGUGAUCUGCACACGGCGUGGGCUCCGUGAGGUCCCCGACGGCAUAUCCACCAACACACGCUACCUGAACCUGCAGGAGAACCUCAUCCAGGUGAUCAAGGUGGACAGCUUCAAGCACCUGCGGCACCUGGAGAUCCUGCAGCUGAGCAAGAACCACAUCCGAAACAUUGAGAUUGGGGCCUUCAACGGCCUGGCUAGUCUCAACACUCUGGAGCUGUUUGACAACCGCCUCACCACAAUCCCCAAUGGGGCCUUUGAGUACCUCUCCAAGCUCAAGGAGUUGUGGCUGAGGAACAACCCCAUCGAGAGCAUUCCCUCGUAUGCGUUCAACAGGGUGCCCUCGCUACGGCGGCUGGAUUUAGGGGAACUCAAACGCCUCUCGUAUAUCUCAGAGGGGGCUUUCGAGGGCCUCGGCAACCUGCGCUACCUGAACCUGGGCAUGUGCAAUCUGAAGGAGAUCCCCAACCUCAUCCCACUGGUCAAGCUGGACGAGCUAGAGAUGUCAGGGAACCAGCUGACGGUCAUCAGACCUGGCUCCUUCAAAGGGUUGAUCCAUCUGCAGAAGCUGUGGAUGAUGCAUGCCCAGAUCAAAACCAUUGAAAGGAACUCCUUUGACGACCUGCAGUCGCUGGUGGAGCUUAACCUGGCCCACAACAACCUCACCCUGCUGCCCCAUGAUCUCUUCACCCCCCUGCACCACCUGGAGAGAGUCCACCUCCAUCACAACCCCUGGAACUGCAACUGUGACAUCCUGUGGCUCAGCUGGUGGCUCAAAGAGAUGGUGCCGGCCAACACCAGCUGCUGUGCCCGCUGCAGUUCCCCAGCUAGCCACAAGGGACGCUACAUAGGUGAGCUGGACCAAAACUAUUUCCACUGUUACGCACCUGUUAUUGUGGAGCCACCAGCGGACCUGAACGUGACAGAGGGUAUGGCUGCAGAGCUGAAGUGCAGGGCCAGCUCUCUGACCUCAGUCAGUUGGAUUACACCCAAUGGCUCCAUCAUGACCCACGGUGCAUACAAGAUCCGCAUUUCUGUGCUCAACGACGGCACGCUCAACUUCACCAAUGUCACCAUGCAAGACACGGGAACCUACACCUGCAUGGUAAGCAACUCAGCAGGCAAUACCACAGCAUCUGCCACUCUCAACGUGUCUUCCACAGAGAACGUCCUCAGCUACUUUACCACAGUAACAGUGGAGACCAUCGAGCCAGUGCACGACGAGGGGCGCUCCACCGUGUGGCAGAAGGUGGGCCCCACCCCCUCCGCUGGAUCCUGGGAGACUGUGUCGUCCACCUCCACCACCACCACAACGGCCCGGACGCCCCUCUCCACCCGGGCCACAGAGAAGACCUUUACCAUCCCUGUCACAGACCUGAAUGACAGCUCCAUGACCGGCCUGGAUGAGGUGAUGAAGACCACCAAAAUCAUCAUCGGCUGCUUCGUGGCCAUCACCCUCAUGGCCGCCGUUAUGCUAAUCAUCUUCUACAAGAUGAGGAAGCAGCACCACCAGCAGAACCACCAUGCGCCACAGCGCACCAUUGAGAUCAUCAAUGUAGACGAGGACUGUGUGACAGGCGGGCCGACCAUGGAGGGCCACCUGAAUCUGCCCCCGCUGGAGCAUGAGCACCUGAACCACUACAACACCUAUAAGUCUGCGUACAACCACGUCUCCACUAUCAACUCCAUACACAGCUCGGCGCACGAACCUUUGUUAAUCCGGGCCAGUUCGAAAGACAAUGUACAAGAGACUCAGAUCUAACAAUUUUUUCAUAAUGAGACGAACUGAUGAAAUUACAAAAGGGACAUUAUUGGAUAUUAGUUAUGAGGAUUAUGGAUGUGAAGUGGAGGACUUGACUGACUGUUUGUCCAGCGAAUCAGUGGUUGAUGAUGUUUAUUCAAUGACAUUGGGAUCUAGGGUAUGUCUAAUGUUUCAAAAAAUGUCUUUACAAAAAAGAAGUUAUUUAUUUAAGAAAAAAUCUAUUGUGGCUAAAUCAAGAACAAACUGUAUUCUGCAAUUAUUUUUUCAGAACUUAUUUCAUCAGAUGUUUAGUUUUCUUAAUUUGAGGGAGGAUGGUUUACUAAUAUGCUUACAAACUCUAUGUGAAUCUCAAGCUAACCAUGUUCUGGUUUCCCCCAAUAUGUAAGUGAUGGCAAAUUGGCAACCUCUUUUUACCCCACAUACUUAGAUAAUUUCUAGAUCACAUUAGAGAUUUCCUCCUGCCACAAAUGAAUUGAUUAAAUAUUUUGUGACAAUCAGUUAAUUUAGAUGGAUUAAAAGCUUGGUCGUUAUCUGAGGGUGAAUGCUGGGACUGUCAGUGAUGAAAUCUGAUAACACAAUAUUUCAUUAAAUCUGCCACUCAAAUUAGAUACAGAUGUACCCUUGGCUUUGCCAUCAAUAGAUUAGGGACGUUAAACGAGGGAAGUGUGAUCCAAACUAUACCAUGGCCAACUGUUAGCAACAAGUGAUUCAUAGUUAUCUCACUGUGUGUAUUACACCAGAAAAUCACGUUUCACACAGUGUUUGUCUCAUUUACACGUUGUGUAUUCAUACCAUUUGUGAUUCCUUCUCUAUUCCACUUGCUCUGAUCCAUCAUAACUUUGUGAGUCAUGGAGAUCGCAUUGGCAAAUACAGUCAGGCAUAUGAGAGCUCCCUGAAUGUCAUACUGCCUUUUUCCAUCCCACACCAGCUGUUAUGAUGGUUUACCAUAUCAUCACAGAUAUGGGUGCUAUUCCAGAUCAUCUUAUCUGCAGUCUCAUUGCAAAUCUCUGAAAAUUGCUAUAUGAUAUUUGUGUGGUUCCUGACACAAAUACUUUUCCAGGUUUUAAUUAAGAGAAAUACUGAUUUGUGUGACUUGAUUUAAAAAAAGAGCCCUGGAAGACCACCAAGGAUACUGAUGACUCUCCUGUGUUAACUCUCUAUGACCCCUGACUUCAACCAGGGCAGCAAGGAGCAGACUGGUGAGUGGGAACGGGGGCUAAGGACACCGAACAUAUCUGUCCUAGCACAUUGCCUAUCUAUUGUCUGUUCAAACAUUGGGCACAUAGGCACGACAGGCCCAGAUUCACACCGUGCCCCUGCCAAGCUCAGGACGAGGGAUAGAGGACAGAGUGCCAGGGUUCAUGCAGAGAGAGAGAGAUAGAGAGAGGGUUUAGGGAUGAGGUGUGUGGCUUCGAGCAGAUGUUCAGGUCACACCUGCAUCUCUCUGCCUCAACCAUGACACCAUUUCUAUUUUAAUCGACAUACCCUCAGGGCUUUGGGUGGACAGUGCUUCACAGGCACCUGCUCCCUGGAAAAACAUAAAAAAUGCCCCACAGUAAAAAAUGGUGCCAUAAAUAAAGAGGCCAAGCAAAUACCCUUCACAUCCAAGGCUUAGCCACAUACCCCAGGAGUAUUUUUAUAGAUUGUGCAUCAAUCUAAGUUACUAAACCAAAAAAUCCCCAUCAAAAUCCACCAGUUUAAGCUAGAGAUAUCAGUUUUUUGUGUCUGAAGCGUCCGAACGGUUUGACUAAUUUAACCACUCUAUGGAAAGUGGAUAUCCCAACAAAUGUCACGGAACUCAUCUGAAGGUAACCGGUUUAAAAAACGAAUGGAAGUAUUAAGGUAGUUUUGUGCCUACCCAAAAAAAGGGGUUCAAUAUGUGUAAAAAUAUAUAUAUAUUUAGUACAUAUAUUUCCUGAGUUUAAAAAAAUGAUCGACGAGAUUUAGGACAUACACUUCAAAACCUUGUUUCCUAUGAUUUAUUUUUUGACUGUCCUUUUUGAAUGUGUUAUUCAAUGUGUUUCUAUAGGCCCAAAUCAAUAUUUUAUUAAAUCGUUUUUUUAAAAAUAUUUCUUUGCUACCUAAAGUGGUCUUAAAACAAUUCCAUUUGUCAGCAUAGCACCCCCCCUGCUUUUCAUUUUGGUCUCCACUCCCUCCAUAAUGUUAAACAUCUAAGAAAGGUUAUGCAACAGUGCUUUUUCUUUUUCGGGUCCAUUUUGUUUCUGA